CUGGGACCAAACGACGUAGCUUAAAGAAGCCAAUAUAAACUGCAUCUAAUAAAUCCCUAGGGUUUGCCAUCGUCUCUACUGAUAACAACUCGCGCCUCUACCAGAGUCUUGCUCCUCCCACCCAACCGCAAUCAUGGCUCCAAAGAAGGAAAAGGCCCCUCCACCGUCCUCCAAGCCAGCCAAAUCUGGUGGUGGCAAGCAGAAGAAGAAGAAGUGGAGCAAAGGAAAGCAAAAGGAGAAGGUGAACAACAUGGUGCUGUUUGAUCAGGGUACUUAUGAUAAGCUCCUAACUGAAGCACCCAAAUACAAGCUCAUUACUCCUUCAGUUCUCUCCGAUCGUUUGAGGAUUAAUGGAUCACUUGCAAGGAGGGCUAUAAGGGACUUGAUGGCUAAAGGUUUAAUCAGGUUGGUAUCUGCCCAUGCAAGCCAGCAGAUUUACACCAGGGCUACAAACACCUAAGUGUAGCCGAAAGAGAGUAUCAAUAGAGGUUUUUAUGUAAUGCUCUUUCCAAUUUUGAGAUGCACAUUAUACAAGCUUGUAUUAGUUCCUGCUGAAUCGAUAGGUUGAGAUUUUCUUGUA